AUGCAGUUAACCUCUAGCAGUGAAAUCCUGCAUGGAUAUGGCAACUUCAGGUGUGAAAGCCAAGAGCUUGAUGUUGAAAUAAGGAGUCUGAUACAGAAGAGUAACACUUGCCAGUCUGGUGAGGACCCCAAACCUAUUGCCCAAGAGAGUCAAACUCAGAGAGCUUCAUGUUCCCUUAAGAUCCAUAGUGAAGCAAAUGUACAAGGCCAUCUUGGAUGCACAUGGGCAGGUGUGAGUGACAUGGAAGUCACAGCAAACCCACUAGAAUCAAGGCACACAUUACUGACCAAAAAGAAGACUGUACCAGCCACUACUCUGGAAUAACAGAUCCUCUCACUAGAAAGACAGAGACAAGAACUUCUGGAGGUGAAGAAGCAAUGGGAUUAUCAAUUUAGAAGUAUAAAACAACUUUAUGAAAAACAGCUAGCAGAAACGAAAGCAAGACUGGAUGUGUCAGAGAAGAAAGUCAGUGAACUGGAGGAAAAGAGGCACCGACAGCAUCCAGAAGAUGAGAGGUUGCGAGCCCUGGGCAGAGAGCAGCCAUUGCAGGAAAUGGCCCUUCUGGAUGUGUUGAAAAAGCAGCACACACCUGUACUUGGGACUCCUUCUGAGAUGGGUGGCAGAAACAGCCUUGAGGGCACAAGAACCCAAACUGAAGUUCUCAGACACCAGGUUCAAAUAUAUGAAGAAAAGUUCAGAAAGGAGACAUCUGACAGAGAAAGACUUAAUGAGGAGAAAGAAGCAUUGCAGAAAAUUUACAAGAGAUUACAGUCUCAGCUGAACAAACUAAACUCUCAGAUAUGAGUCAAAGAAAAGCCAAAAAUAAACCCAGAGAACUACAAAAGACCUCCACUCUUCCUCUCACCAUGUAUUAGUUACAGAAGUUGUGGUCUGAUUCUUCACUAUCAAGAUCCUUGAGUCCAUCCAGCAUCUCACAGAGCACAUGAGCAGCAACAGCAUUCACCAGACUAUCAGUAUGUUACUGACCAGUUUCUGCCAGAUGCACAGCGCAAGGCAAAUGGUGAUAAACUGGCCAAUAAAUCUUAUCACUUCUGA